AUGAGGUUUGCGAUUGCGUUUACGGCGAAGAGAAUUGCUCAUCGGAGUUUUCUGGUGAAAGGUAAUCUUGGAGCUGCUUCUCCUUCGUUUUCCAUUUGCGGUUUUCGUUGGUGGGUACGAGCUUUUUCUGGUGCUAGUUAUGAUUACAGAGAGAAGAUUAAAGAUGGGUUUCUUCAUGAUAUUAAGUUAGAUGAUGCAGUUGCUUUGUUCAGUGAGAUGUUGAACUCUCGUCCUAUGCCUUCCAUUGUUGAUUUCAGUAGAUUGUUGAGUGCUAUUGCAAAGAUGAACAAGUAUGAGCUUGUGAUAUCACUUGGCGAGCAGAUGCAAAUGAUGGGAAUUGCACAUAAUCUCUAUACUUACAGUAUUUUGAUUAACUGUUUCUGUCGCCGUUCUCAACUCUCUCGUGCAUUAGCUAUUCUUGGGAAGAUGAUGAAACUCGACUUUGAGCCCAGUAUUGUCACGCUUUCUUCGCUUCUCAAUGGAUACUGUCACGGGAAUAGGAUUUCAGAGGCUGUAGCUUUGGUUGAUCAGAUGGUGGAAAUGGGAUAUAAGCCUAAUACCGUGACAUUCAACACACUAAUCCAUGGACAUUUUCUCAACAACAAAGCUUCAGAAGCAGUUGGUCUAGUUGAUCGAAUGGUCCUGAAAGGCUGUCAACCGAGUUUAGUUACUUAUGGUGUGGUAAUAAAUGGAAUAUGCAAGAGAGGUGAUAUUGAUUUAGCUUUAACUCUGCUCAAAAAGAUGGAGGAAGGGAAAAUAGAAGCUGGUGUUGUGAUCUACAGCACAAUAAUUGAUGGUCUUUGCAAAUACAAACAUGUGGAUGAUGCACUUGACCUAGUCAAUGAAAUGGAACCCAAAGGAAUUAGACCAAAUGUUCUUACCUACAGCUCCCUCAUAAGAUGCCUCUGUAGUUACGGAAGAUGGAGUGAUGCCUCUCGGCUUUUGAGUGAUAUGAUUGAGAAGAAAAUUGACCCUGAUGCUGUCACUUUCAGUGCAUUGAUAGAUGCGUUUGCAAAAGAGGGGAAGCUUUUGGAGUCUAAAGAAUUGUACGAGGAGAUGAUCAAAAGGUCUAUAGAUCCUAGUACAUUCACUUACAGUUCACUUAUCAAUGGAUUUUGCAUGCUUGACCGCCUUGAUGAGGCCAAGAAUAUGUUUGAUUUGAUGUCUAAGAGAGUAAAUGAUGGCAUGAAACUCUUUCAUGAGAUGUCUCAAAGAGGAUUGGUUGGGGAUACAAUCACUUACACCACUCUAAUCCAAGGGUUUUUUCAAGCUGGAGAUUGUGAGAAUGCCCAAAAAGUUUUCAAACAGAUGGUUUAUGAUGGUGUGCCUGGUGAUCUUAUGACAUACAACAUUUUGUUAGAUGGUUUUUGUAAAAACGGGAAGCUAGAGAAAACAUUGGUCAUAUUCCAAGAUCUGCAAAAGAGUGAAAUGGAUCUUGAUAUUUUCACAUAUAAUAUUAUGAUUGAAGGGAUGUGGAAGGCUAGUGAGGUGGAAGAUGCAAAGGGUUUGUUUUAUAGCCUCAGCCUUAAAGGAGUGAAGCCUGAUGUUGUAACAUAA